AUGCCUCGCCAGGAGCUUGUCUCCUUGCUGAUCUCCUGCGCCUCGCGGCCACACAGCCGCUGCUUGUACCACCAUCUACAGAGGGCAUCUCGCGUAGCGAUCCGCCAUGAAUCAACCACACCUCGACCCAAUCCCGCGCCAUCAGCGCAAGCUCCUCCUCCGCCGGGCACUUCUGCCCAAAGAAUCUCCCUGCACGUGGGCCUAGACCGCAACCCGGACCAUAAGUCUGCAAUCUCAAAAAUCCCCAUCCCCAAAGGCGAACGAGGCGAGCAGUUCACGCCCUCGGUGCUCGCCCUCCCUCUGGGGCUGCUAUAUCCUCCUCAGCCGGGGCAGAACUCACCGCUGGACCGGCGGAGCCUCAAGGAGAAGAAAGAUGAGUUCGCGAGCUACGAGAAGGCCAUGGAGCGGCGGAGGGUGUACCUGCGCUCGUACUUCCGACCGUACUUCCAGGAGUGGCGGCGCGUCGAUCACCAUAAGGGCAAGAGUUUUGUGUCCAAUGACCGGCUGUUUAAGCGAGACAAAGCGCUGUAUUUUCCAAAUAUCUGGGGUCAGACGUUGGCCGAGGAGGGCGAUGGGCCAGAUGGAGGGCGGGAUAUGACGCCGUUGAUCACGGGCAAGGUCUCUAUCAUUGGGUUUCAGUCUGGUCAAUGGGCGGAGGAACAGGUGGACACGUUUAUUGGCUCUAAGGAAAACCCCGAGUUGGAGAAUAUCAUCAAGGAAAGUAAUGGACUCGCUCAGAGAGCCGAUGUCAACAUUCAGGGCGACUUUAUGCGUGCCCUGUUAGUCAAACUAUUCAGCAGCCGUCUCCGUUCGAUGAUUCCCAAGGAAAGAUGGCACAAGUAUUUCAUGGUCAAGCUCCCUCGGGACAUCCGUCGCGGUCUGACGGACGACGUCCGCGACGCGAUGGGUCUGCUAAACUCUCAAGUUGGCUAUGUAUACUUGGUUGACUCGAGCUGCAAAAUCAGAUGGGCGGGCAGCGGCCACGCUUGGAAAGGUGAAGUCGAAGGCCUUAAUGCUGCAGUGCAGCGACUCAUCAAUGAGGAACAAAAGUUGCGUUCUUCCGUCGCUGCCAAAUAA